GAGCACAGCUUUUUUCUGGUAACAGAAAGAAACUUACUGACAUUCACUGUCGUCUAGAGGAGAAAUGGCGCAGCAAGGGAUUCAGCUGGAUCGAGAAAAACUCAGCUGUUCAAUCUGUCUGGAUCUUCUAAAGGAUCCGGUGACUAUUCCCUGUGGGCACAGCUACUGCAUGAGCUGUAUUAAAGACUGCUGGAAUGAGGAGAAUGAGAAGGAGAAAACACACAGCUGCCCUCAAUGCAGGCAGACCUUCACACCAAGGCCUGUCCUGGUGAAAAAUACCAUGUUAGCAGAGUUAGUGGAGGACCUGAAGAAAGUAGGAAUUCAAGCUGCUUCACCUGAUCGUUCCUAUUCAGGACCUGGAGACGUGGCCUGUGAUUACUGCACUGGGAUUAAGCAGAAAGCCUUCAAGUCCUGUCUGGUGUGUAUGGCCUCUUUCUGUGAGCAACACCUCCAGCCUCACUACAACGUACCUCUACUAAAGAAACACAAGCUGGUUGAAGCCACUUCAAAGUUUGAGGAGAAUAUCUGCUCUCGCCAUGACGAGGUGAUGAAGAUAUUCUGCCGCACUGAUCAGAAGUCCAUCUGUUAUCUCUGCUCCAUGGAUGAUCAUAAAGGCCAUGACACAGUCUCCGCUGCAGCAGAAAGGGCUGAGAGGCAGACGGAGCUCGGGGUGAUUCAGCAAAAGAUUCAACAGAGAAUCCAGGACAGAGAGGAAAACGUCAAGCUGAUUCAGCAGAGGGUGGAGGCUAUCAAUCUUUCUGCGGAUGAGACUGUGAAGGACAGUGAGAAGAUCUUUACUGAGUUGAUCCGUCUCAUUGAGAAAAUAAGCUGUGAAGUGAAGCAGCAGAUCAGAUCACAGCAGAAAACUGAAGUGAGUCGAGCUGAAGAGCUGGAGGAGAAGCUGCAGCAGGAGAUAACUGAGCUUCGGAGGAAAGACACUGAGCUGGCGAAGCUCUCACACACUGAGGAUCACCUCCAUUUCCUGAAAAACUACCCAUCGCUGUCACGUCUGAGUGAAUCUAAAGAUUUACCCAGCAUUGAUGUCCAUCCUCUGUGCUGUUAUAAAGAAGUGACAGCGGCUGUGUCAAUUGCCAGAGAUAAACUGCAGGCUGUUCUGAGUGAGGAGUCGACAAAGAUCUCACUGGCAGUGACUGAUGUGGAUGUUUUACUGCCUCAAGCAGAGCCCAGAACCAGAGCUGAGUUUUUAAAAUAUUUCUGUCAGAACACACUGGAUCCAAACACAGCAAACACACGUUUGUCAUUGUGUGACAGGAACAGAAAAGCAACAUUAAUGGCAGUAGACCAGUUAUAUUUGGAUCACCCAGACAGAUUUGGUGAAUGGUGGCAGGUCCUGUGUAGAGAGGGUCUGACUGGACGUUGUUACUGGGAGGUGAAGUGGAGUGGGAUGGUUUAUGUAUCAGUUGCAUACAAGAAUAUUGUCAGAAAAGGGACCAGAGAGGAAUGUGGAUUUGGAAAUAAUGACAAAUCUUGGUCAUUAGAAUGUUUUAGUGGUCAUUAUAAAUUCAGACAUAACGAUAUUGCUACUUCCAUCUCAGGCCCUCAGUCCUCCACAAUAGGAGUUUACCUGGAUCAUAGGGCAGGUACUCUGUCUUACUACAGCGUCACUGAAACCAUGACUCUCCUCCACAGAGUCCAGACCACAUUCACUCAGCCUCUAUAUCCAGGAUUUUGGCUUCCACUAAGUAUUGGAAGCACUGCUGAGUUGUGUGAUCUCAAGUAGACAGGAGUUUAAAGAGUGAUUCAUGUUGUUUUGUUUAUGUUAUGUUAAUGAAAUGAUUAAAUGAAAGAGAACUAAUUUCUCUUUUUAUUUGCUUGGGAUUUAUCUGAAAUUUGAUUCUCAUAUUACAUUUAAACAUUUUCAUUGUAUACUGUGCAUGGAAAAUAUGACAUAUGAAAAAUCAGUUUUUGUCCUACUUAAAAAUCAGUUUGGUUAUUAUAUAAACAGGCUAAAUUAUUUUUAUUUUUGAGCAUUUGCCAAAUUAAUACAAGUUUUAAUUUUGUUAGUUUGUAUUUGUAUUUUAGUUGUACCAUUUCUUCAUAAACAUAAUUUCUAAAAUUUAAUGUUUACUUUUUAGUACUCUACAUACUGCUGUCUGUACUGCAUACUGUGCUGCUGUUGUAAUCAUAUUGCUAAAUCAUGUUACUUUUUUAAAAUGUACCCAAAAAGUACUUAAAAACAAUAAAAUUGGCUACUCUGCUGUGGCGGUUAGCUAAUCAUCUUUUUAAGAGGUUAAGUCAAGUGUCUUUACAUGCUAAUAAUCUUCAGGAAACAUUUAUGAAAAGUCUGUGUUCAAUGUGUGUACAAAUAAAUAAAUAAAUAUAUAUAUUAAU